AUGACUAGACAUGAGCUCAGCGGCGUGGCCGAGAGGGACAUGAUGGCACAGGCUGAGCCCCCUCCAGAGCUGCAGCUGGAUGAAGCUGGAGCAUCCUCAGCCCCUCAGGGAGCAGCUGCAGGUGCUGCUCCACACGUGGAUCAUCCACACACCCCGUUAGACCCAUCAGGGAGUGUGGGGGUGACAUCCCCGCUCAGGGGCAGCCCAGACUCCAGCCAGGAGCUGCAGGCUACCAGCAGGGACACUUCCUUGGAGCUAAACAUGCCAGGGACCCAGCUGGACGAGGAUGCAGCCGGGGCUGGGAUCCCGCUGGAUGUGGACGUGGCAGGAGUCCCGCUGGACGUGGAUGUGGAAGGAGUGGGGAUUCCACUGGAUGUGGGUGGGGCAGCGAUCCCGCUGGACGCGGAUGCAGGUGGGACAGGAAUCCCACUGGACAUGGAUGCAGAUGGAGCAGAGAUUCCACUGGAUGUGGAUGCAGGUGGGACAGGGAUCCCAGUGGAUGUGGAUGCAACAGGGAUCCCACAGGACUUGAAUGUGGGUGGGGCAGGGAUCCCACUGGAUGAGGAUGCAGAUGGAGCAGCAAUCCCACUGGACAUGGACACAGACAGGGCAGGGAUCCCAGACGAUGCAGACACAGACAGGGCAGAGGUUCCACUGGACAUGGAUGCAGAGGGAGCAGGAAGCCCUCUGGAUGCAGACGCCACAGAACAUCAGUGCCUGACCCUGGAAGAGCUGGGGAACUACUUCCAAGAGUGCAUUGAAAUCGUGGAGCAGCUGGAGAAGGAGAGAGACAGCCUGAUCUCAGAGCUGGCCCAGCUCCGGGAGCCGGCGCUGCAGGAGAUCCGCCAUGCCCACGAGGAGAUCCAGGCAGCCUGCAGGCUGCUGGCCAAGGUGGAGCUGGAGAGGGACAACCUGAGGGACGAGAUCCGGCAGAUCAAGGCGCUGCAGGAGAUGCAGGGGGAGAUCCAGGGCAUGAAGGAGGCCCUGAGGCCCCUGCAGGGCGAGGUCAGCCGGCUGAGGCUGCAGAACCGCAGCCUGGAGGAGCAGAUCGUCCUCGUCAAGCAGAAGCGGGACGAGGAGGUCGGGCAGUACCGGGAGCAGGUUGAGGAGCUGGAAGACAGGCUGAAGGAGCUGAAGAACGGGGUCCAGCUCCAGCAGCGCAAGAACCAGGAGCUGGAGGAGCUGAGGACGAGCCUCCACAAGGAGCUCUCCAUCUACAAGAGCUGCCUGGAAAUCUAUGGACACCUUUGCAAAUCGGAGGAAAAGGCAGACCAGGACUGUUAGAACUAUGGAAUUUUCCUCUUUGCAGCAAAAACAAUGGACAGAGGAUCUACAAGGGAUGUCUCCUCGUGCUGCUUAUCCUGCCUGAAGCACAGCUGCUGCCUGGAGUCAGGAAUACCAGACAGUCCUUUCCCUGGGUGUGUUUCUCCAGGUGCUGCUGCUGCUGCUGCUCAUGUAGUAAAACUGCUUUUCCACAGAGGAGCAGAGCAAACAAUCCUUGCACUGAACAAUGGACACGGAUGAGGAAUAACAGAUUUAUGUUUUGCUGUGUUUGGGAAAACGUAUCUUGCCUUGUCCCAUAGAUGGAUUGUUUAAACCUGCACUGAAAGUUCUGGGGGGGUGGGGGUGUUGACUUUUAAAAGUUUACAUGCAAGAGAAGCUUCAUCCUUUGAACAGGAUUUUCUUUUGUAUUUCAAGGGUCUCUGCUGUACUGGGAUGUGCCCCACAGAAACGAGGUGGUGGGUAAGAGGUUUUCACUUUAUAUCAAGUCUCACACUGAAAAUAAAGGUCAGAGUUUA